AUGCCUGGUCAGAGAUUGUACAGACAGAGAAGAGAUGAUUGUAGACUCACAGAGCUGCAGAAGACACUGACAACAUCAGAAGCUUUACAAGAACUGUCAGCUAGAGUCUGUAAGAAGUUACUUAUGAGAAGACUUAUAGCAAAGAAGGGAACUGCACUGCUUGAAGCCAGAGACUGGUCUGAAGAAGAGAUGGAGAAGGCUGCUGAUCUGAAGAUCAGGUGCAGUGACAGAGCUGAAGAGAAUGAAGACAUAGUUAUGAGUGACAGCAUCCCUGCUUUAUCAGCUGAUAAAAAGCAAUCAGAGAAGUUGCAGAGAUGCUCACAAGAAGCUCAGCAGCAGUCAGACAUUGUUAUAAGAGUGUUGAAAUUGAAAAAUUUUUAUUCUUGA